UGUUACCGGAAAUACAACAUUUGCGUUGCACACGGCCUGCGUAUGUUUCCGUUUGUGAAAGUCCGUCGUAAAAUGUAAACGGACAAUAUGCAUUGAACACUAUUGCUAACAUUUAGUUUGCAACUUUACAAAUGAUCUCCACAAGCAUUUUUUGCGGCUCUUUAAAUACUUAUCGUGGCGCCGUUUUUUAAACUAACAACAUUAUUAACUUUAUUCCGAGAUGCCUCCAAACAAACGCAUUCACAAGCAAUCAUUGAAAUUGCAGUGUGAAUGGUCUUCAUGUCAAGAGACUUUUCAUCGCAUGGAAAACUUCUGCAAGCACGUAGAGAGUCAUAUCUGUCCUAAAGAGGAAGAAAAAACAGGAGAUGAGAAAAACUGCCUCUGGAAAGACUGUGGUUUCAUCUCUCUGGAUUGUCAUGAUGAGCUGCGCCGACACCUGUUUUUUCAUUGUUACCACACUAAGCUUAAAAGCAUGGGUCAGCAGAUGCUUGAUGCUCAGCCCAAACUUGGCAGAUGCUCCAUUGGUUACCACAAUCGCAACAUCAUCCCUGAACUCCCUGACAACUUUAUCUGUCUCUGGGAGGAUUGCCAGCAACCUGCAUUUGAAAACCCUGAGUGGUAUUACCGCCAUGUGGAGAUGCAUAGUCUGUGUGUAGAUAUACCAGCAGGAGACUGUGAAUUCCCAGUUCAUUGUGGAUGGAAAGAUUGUGAAGCUACAGCUAAAGGGCGCUCAAAGCUUCGAGAGCAUCUGCGUAGUCACACCCAGGAGAAGAUAGUGGCGUGUCCAGACUGUGGAGGGAUGUAUGCCAACAACACCAAGUUGUUUGACCAUGUUAUACGACAGAGUGCAAUGGAAGGUCAGAGGUUCCAGUGUUCUCAUUGUUCCAAAUGUUUUGCAACAGAAAGACUGCUUAGAGACCAUAUGAGGACCCACGUGAGUCACUACAAAUGCCCCCUUUGUGACAUGACGUGUCCUACGCCUUCUUCAAUACGUAACCAUAUCAAGUUUCGCCACAGUAAUGAGAAGCCUUACAGCUGUGAAUUCUGCGAGUACAGUUGUAAGAAUUUGGUUGAUUUGCGCAAACAUCUGGAUAGUCAUAGCAGCAACCCUACCUUCCACUGUGAUUUUCCUGGCUGUACUUUUGCAUCCCGCACUCUCAGUACAAUGAAAAUCCACCAUAAAAGACAGCAUGAGAGGGAUUUUACAGCUCAAUACAAGUGUCAUGUAUGUGGUCAGUGCUUCACCAGGGGCAACAAUCUCACAGUGCAUUUGCAAAAAAAGCAUCAAUUCAAAUGGCCUUCUGGACACCCACGGUUCAGGUACAAAAAGCAUGAAGAUGGCUUCUUACGUCUGCAGCUGAUUCGUUAUGAGAGCGUGGAACUUACAGAGCAGCUGAUGAGGGAAAGGCGGAACAGACAAGGAGAGGAGGAUUGUGGCAUGGCUGAGGAACAGCAUCCAGAAGGAGUAUCUCCCCAAGAACUGCAAUUAAAAUUGAGGGGUGUUCUUCUGGAGGAACAAAAGACUGAGUAUACAGGCAGUGCUGACGAGAAAAGUCAGGAAAAUGGCGUUUUUAACAGUCAGGCUGGUUGUUUGUCACAUGUAGGGGAGGGAACCACCUUGCUGAAUUUAGAUGCUGUUUAGCCAUUUUUAGAAAAGUAAUUGAUAUUUUCAAAUAUGUCUUUUGCAUUACUUUACAGUUUGAUGAAUUAAUUUUAUAAAAUGAAAAAAUCUGAAUAAAACUGCUUAACUUUAAUU